AUGAUCACGGGCGGCGAGCCGUUCCUGGUCGGGUACAAGGACAUUCCACCUCAUGUUUCUCGGGGUGGAUACAUGAGCAAAUUGAAAUGGAUCGUCCGGAAGUCUGCGGUUCUGUGGGACGAAGAGACCAAGCGUGGGUGGUUGUUAAAUGGAGCCAGCGCACUCUUGCAUCUUGUGCGGGCCUCCAUAUUGUAUGAUUGCACAGGGCCCUUGAGCUCAGAAUGUCAAUUUCGCUGGGAGACCCUGGACGAGGGAGCGACCAAUCCCAUCCACAAUCAUCAAUCUGCCAUUUCAGUACUUUUGAAUCAAAAAAACCGGACUUUGCUGAUCUAUGAAAGCGAUGAUGAGCACGUUACAUUCGAAGAUAGAGUCAACCACUUUCUCAACAUCCUUGAGCAGAUGUUUGAUCACCAGAUACAUUCUGUCGGGCCAGAUGGUAGCGGAUAUGCUUCCAAGUCAAUUCCCCGAGCGCAUCUUGAAGGCUGGGACUUCCGUGAACUCGCCACAGAGUCAGAUCCAUUACAGCCCCGAGUAGCCACCAUUGGCUCAAAAGGCAAGUCAUGGAUUGACUUUACACGGUCAAUCCAUGCAAUCAAUCUUCUGGGCUUCGGAUUUGGGGAAAUGCUAGAACCGUCUGGUAUUUCCUGUCCCUACUGGGCAUCACUUCCUAAAGAUCAAUACUAUCUCGCUGCAGGGAUGACAGACUUGCAGAUGGCUCUUGAGUAUACCGGAAAUUUCAAUUCCAAUCCGAUACGCCUGAGUGACAAGCUUGUCUGGCACAAACCAGAGUUGAGUUUCGAGGCCUGCGGCUGCACUGAGCUCACCGCAGAGCAUCUCGACCUGGUACAGGUCAUCUUGCCCGAGAGGCUGUCAGAAAUAACAGAGCGAGCUGAUCCUAUUGGACUGAAUCGAAAUGGAGCAGUAGUCUUUGGAUACAGCCAAAGAUUUCAGUGGCGAUGGGGUGAUAUUGGGGACCCUGAAAGGGAAGAUGUCAAGGCCGGCCAAGAGCAAUUUCCUCCAUACCAUGAAGACGGACUCGUCAUCGAAGUUACAUCCUCCGAUGAUUCCGAGAAUAAUUCCAACCAGCAAUGGAGCACUCAGCCCUCCUCAGUGGAAAUUACUGUUGCCACUUCAUCCACUGAUAGCGGAUCUGCGCCACCAAGAUCCCGAGUCAGAUCUUACACAAAGUGGAAUCUCGGAUUGCUCAGUGCCGAGGACUAUUUUGUCGGCAUCGUGUGCGCAUUGCCGUUAGAGCUUCUAGCUGUCCGUGCUUUAUUCGAUCAAACGCACCCUCAACUCCCUCGGUCUGCUGGAGAUUCGAAUCACUAUGCGCUCGGAAGUAUAGGGAGUCACAGGGUAGUCGCUGCCUGUCUCCCUGACGGUGAGUAUGGCACCAAUUCUGCCGCGGAUGUUGCAUCCAAUUUGAAAAGAAGCUUCCGCUCAGUGAAGUUUUGCUUGCUGGUUGGCAUUGGCGGUGGUGUUCCAUCUUCUGAGAAUGAUAUUCGUCUCGGCGACGUCGUCGUGAGCAAACCCACAGGCACAAAUCCCGGUGUCAUUCAGUACGACAUGGGCAAGGCUCUUGAGAAUGGUAUAUUCGAACAGAAUGGGGUUCUUCAACCACCUCCACGGGUAGUCAUGACCGCAAUCAGCAAUUUGCGAUCUGACCCUGAUGCCCCCGAGGCCCCUCUUCAAGGAUCUAUCGAGCAAAUCGCAGCUUGUAAAAGGGAGUACCGGCACCCAGGGCCGGAAAGAGACCGCUUAUAUUCUAGCGCAUACCCACAUCCUCCCAACAACGCUACCUGCGACCCUUGCAGUGUAAGCCACGUUACUUUGCGAAAAAGCCGAUCAGACAACCACCCGCGAAUACACUACGGACUCAUUGCAUCAGGCAACAGCGUCAUGAAAGACGCAAGACUGCGUGAUAGAUGGAGCAAGGAAAAGAACGUUCUUUGCUUCGAGAUGGAAGCAGCUGGUAUCAUGAACACUUUGCCUUGUCUGGUCAUUAGAGGGAUAUGUGACUAUUCGGACAGUCAUAAGAAUAAGCGAUUUCAGGAGUAUGCGGCUGCGACAGCUGCGUCGUAUGCGAAGUUCCUGCUUUCUUACAUGAAUCAUGACAACGAUGUGGAUGGAAAGGUAUCACGGUCGACCGAUGGUGACCAAAGUCCGCUUGGGGCUAUUUGGAGGGCUCUUUCUUAUUUCAGUUCAUAG